CAUCCUUACCGCAGGGAGGAGCGUCGAGCAGCAGCUCUCUGUAGCUGCGUUCAAAUUCAUCCAUAUACAGCGAGCGCUCUGCUUCUCCAUCCAGCGCGUUUACAGGAAAAAAAGAGCUCGCGGUGUCGUCAGCAUAACGAUGCGGCUGAGCGGGGAUAACCGGGGGAACACUGAGACCUGCUGACAGAAGAGAAAACGGCGAUCUCCAGUAAUUACAGCGUCGGGAACUGGCAGCAGCGCUUCUAUGCGCCAAGAAGAAGAUGGUGAAUAGUGAGUGCUAACGGUGAGAAGCUGUGAGAUCUGCUGACUCCGUUUAAAGGCAGCUUUCUCUGGUCAUGUUGAUUAUCAGUGGUGAGAGAAGACCGUGAGGAGAGAGAGAGAGAGAGAGACGAAGAGACAGCGAGUGGAAGAAAGAGAGAAAGAGAGAGUGAGAAUAAGACAGAGUGAAUAAAGUGAAAGAGCUCUGCCUUCGUGACCAUGUCACAUCACCAUUCACGUGGGCACCAGGGCCGUGCCGCCAGCAUGGAGGAGAGAUGUGCCACACCCGUCCAUAAGACCUCAACGCCCACCCACAAGAGUGCCUCCUCCUCCUCUUCCUCCCAGAGGGACAGCAGACAGGAGGCAGACAGCUGGGAGAUCAUUGAAGGGCUGAAGAUCGGUCAGACCAACGUCCAGAGACCAGAUAAACAUGAGGGCUUUAUGCUGAAAAAGAGAAAAUGGCCACUGAAGGGCUGGCACAAGCGUUUCUUUGUCCUGGAUAAUGGAAUCUUGAAGUACUCCAAGUCCCCUAUAGAUAUCCAGAAAGGGAAACUCCAUGGCAGUAUAGACGUCGGUCUGUCUGUGAUGUCAGUAAAGAAGAAAGCUCGGCGUAUAGACCUUGACACAGAGGAGCACAUCUAUCAUCUCAAGGUGAAGUCUCCAGACGUGUUUGAUGCCUGGGUGUGUAAGCUGCGUCACCACCGUCUGUACAGGCAGAAUGAGAUUGUGCGUUCGCCUCGUGAUGCCAGCUUACGAGCCUUCCCUCCCCCCGCCAGCCUCGAGUCACCUCAGACAACCCCCUCCUCUGCUCAUGAAACCAAGCAGCAAGUGAAGCCUAGUUCUCUUCCCUGGCAGUCGCCGCUACCCUGCACCACUAGCCUGCCACCCUCCUACAGCAACGGCCAGAGCAAAGUUGCAGCAUGGCUCCAGGAAUCAGAGGAGAUGGACAAGUGUGCAGAAGAGCUUGCUCAUUGUCAGUCCAGUCUGAUAGAGCUGAGCCGGUUAUUGCAGAGUCUGGAGAUUUUACAGAGAACACAGUCAGCACCAAGCUUCACUGAAAUGCAGAGUAACUGUGUAGAUUUAUCAAAGAAAGACAAGAGAGUCAGCAGAAGAUGGAGAACAAAAAGUGUCAGCAAAGACGCAAAAAUGCAACUGCAGCAGGUUCCUCUGAGUGCUACCCGGUCUGCAGGACGUCUCCAUUCCUCUAACCCCAAUCUAUGCGCAGAGCUCGCUGAUUACCAGACCCCCGCUACACGUCUAACUGAUGGCAUUGAGUGUGCCAGUGAUUACAUCAAGCUGCAGGAGGAUUUCUGCGUCAUCGCUCAGAAAGUGCACUCGCUGCUGAAGUCUGCCUUUAACACGGUGGCCAUAGAGAAGGAGAAGAUCAAGCAGGUGCUGUCGGAGCAGGAGCAGUCCAGCCAGUCGUCUCAGAUUGUGUCACUGCGACACUCGCUAUCACAGGCCCUCUCCCAGAAUGUCGAGCUGAAGACCCGCCUGAAUCGUAUCCAUUCAGAGUCUGUGCUCACAGACCAGGUGGUCAGCGUCAACAUCAUCAGCAGCCCUGAUGAGGCAAGUGAACAGAUCCAUGUAGGGAUCCCUCUCACACAACAGGCCUCCAAUGAGAGCAGACUCUCCAUGUCAGAAUCUGUCUCUGAGUUCUUUGAUGCUCAGGAAGUGCUGCUGUCGGCCAGCUCGUCAGAAAAUGAGGCCUCUGAUGACGAGUCUUACGUCAGUGACGUGAGUGAUAACAUUUCAGAGGACAAUGCCAGCGUCACUGAUAUUGUUUCCCGACAAAUGCCGAAUGGAGAUCUGGCUGGGGGAGCGUUCCGUAACGGCCGGCGGACGUGCUUGCCUGCCCCUUCCCCUGACACCUCCAACAUUAACCUGUGGAACAUCCUGAGGAACAACAUUGGUAAAGACCUGUCUAAGGUCUCGAUGCCUGUGGAGCUGAAUGAGCCUCUGAAUACCCUGCAGCACAUGUGUGAGGAGCUGGAGUACACAGAGCUGCUGGACAAAGCCGCCGAGACGGAUGACCCUUAUGAACGCAUGGCGCUGGUAGCUGCGUUUGCCGUCUCGGCGUACUCCUCCACAUACUACCGUGCAGGCAGCAAGCCCUUUAACCCCAUACUGGGAGAGACUUAUGAAUGUAUCCGGGAAGACAAAGGCUUCUGCUUCUUCUCUGAACAGGUCAGCCACCACCCUCCAGUCUCUGCCUGCCACUGUGAGUCCAAAAACUUCACCUUCUGGCAAGAUAUCAGAUGGAAGAAUAAGUUCUGGGGGAAGUCUAUGGAGAUCCUUCCCAUUGGGACAGUCAAUGUGAUGUUUCCCAGCUAUGGUGAUCACUAUGAGUGGAAUAAGGUGACUACCUGUGUGCACAACAUACUGAGUGGAAGGAGGUGGAUUGAGCACUAUGGAGAGGUCACUAUCAGAAACACCAAGAGCAGCACCUGCAUUUGCAAAAUGACCUUCAUUAAGAGUAACUACUGGAGCUCCAAUGUGAAUGAGGUACAGGGCUUUGUAAUGGAUCAAGAGGGGAAAGUGGUUCACAGGCUGUUUGGAAAAUGGCAUGAAGGUCUAUACUGUGGAGUCCCACCAUCAGCUAAAUGCAUCUGGAGACCAGGAUCCAUGCCUACAGACUAUGAGCUCUACUAUGGCUUCACUCGUUUUGCUAUAGAGCUAAAUGAGCUCUGUCCUGAGAUGAGGGACCUGCUACCUCCCACAGACGCUCGCUUCAGACCAGACCAGAGGUUUCUGGAAGAAGGCAAAGUGGAGCUCGCCUCCGCAGAGAAACAGAGAAUUGAGGAUCUGCAGAGGAGCAGGAGGAAGUGGCAUGAGGAAAACAACACCAAACACCAGCCACGCUUUUUUAAGAAAGUUGUGGACUCAAACCAGAGAGAGAGGUGGGUGUCCAAUAACACAUACUGGGAGCUGCGCAAGGAUCCAGGCUUCCAAAAAAUGGAAAACCUUGAGUUGUGGUAGCAUCUGUACAAUACCUGUACCAAACAUAUCACCAUUGCUACAGACUAUAGAAGCUUUACCUAUGCACAAUACUGCUUACCGUGAAGCGCAGUGAAGGGACGGAAGUUACCGACAGCUUUGCCACGGCUCCAGAUACGCACUUCUGAAGGAAAGCAAAUGAAAAUUGAAUGAAGAUGGACUCUGCACUCCGCUGCUCCACCCCUCCCACCCCCACCCAAAAUCACCAGAUCCCUCACCAGAGCUACAUGCAGAGACAAGGUCGUUGUCAAAGCAAGGGUCGUAGUAGAGUUGUAGAGCUAUCCUAACAAAGCCUGUUGGGCUUUUCGUUACGUCCUUGCCUUAAGAAGCCGCUUCUUAAAAGCCCAAUUUUGCGCUUUUAGUCGAAACCCAUUUGAUUUCAGGAAGUGCUCUGAUUUAAAACUGAUCUCUCGGUUGCAUAAAACCAGUAUCUACAGUAAAUAUCCUGCAUGUUUAGAUGGCAGCUUUCAUUGGCAUAUGCUAUAAUUACUUAUCAACACAUAAUUUGUAGAUUUAAAAUGUAACAGUAUUUUUGUAUUUAAAAAAAAGAAAAAUGGAGCUGAGAAGCUCUUUGCCAGUGUAGGGUCGGUGGAUAGACCCAAACGGUGAAGCAGAAAUAGACCAGCCAGUCCCAUUCAUGAUUUCUGAAAAGGGAAUGUUCCUUUUCAUUCAGCUCCAUCUGCUAUCUUUCAGCGUUCUCUAGGGAAUAAGAACUGGACUUGCCUCAGUGAGGUUAGUGAAUUAGUUCAGUGACUAGAAACUAUAUACAUAUAUAUAUCUUGACAAGUUUCAUCUCCAUGUGUUCUCAGAAUAAUGUGUAAUACUUGUAACACACCCAAAGAUUCUGGCCUGUUGGCAGAGGUCUGAUACUGAUAGCAGACUGGCUCUGCAGCUCCAGGGCAUUUGAGCAGCCCACGACCUACUGUCUUCUGUUCUGUCCCGGCUUUGAAUAGCAGUUCUGACAAAAGCCUGCAGUUUUCCGUCCUCUGUGGAUUUAAAAAACAAAGAUCGGAAUGCGAUCAGGAUGUAUUUUACAUUGACUUUUUAAUUUAAUUAUCAGACUAACAUACAAAUGUAUGUGUUACUCUAAUUUCGUAGUAGAAGCCAUUUAGUGCAUUUAGUUUAUUUUAAAUCUAUAUAUACAUAAAGAGACAUAAAAAAUAUAUGUUCUCAGUGGCACACUUGAGAUACACACUACUCGCUCGCGGCCCAAGCAAGUUAGCGAUUUUUUUUAGCGAUGCCACUUAACAGAAGCUUCAACCUCCUUUAAAUGUUCUCACAACAUCUUGUGUUUUAAUAUUUUUACUGUAUGUGAGUGUGUGUGGGUUUUUUCUGUUUGUUUGUUUGUUUUAAAGGGAUUUAACUGUUAAGUGUUGAACAGCGUUAUGGAAUGUAAACGUAUUAGGACGCCGGUCAAACUUGUGCAGAUUUUACAGCUGUGGUGUGUGCACCAGGUACAGGACUGCCUCAGCCCCACUUCUUGCUGCAUGACUCAAGUGCUGCUCAGAACGAACACUGCUGCUGUUUCAAUGCUGCACCAGAGACA